AUGUCUGUUAAGUGGAACUGUGGGGGUGGAGGGACAGGAAGUCCACGGCCUCUCCAUUCAUCCAGAGCUGUCACCGAGCGGCGUGAAUGGAGGCGGUCUUGGGUUGCAGCCGUGGACUGUGCUUGUAGCCUGCAGGAGGAAAGUGCAACGGCUCCUCCUGCUAAUCCUUACUGCGGUGCCUUUUUGGCGAGGUCACGGCGUUCCUCUGCUUCUUGUGUUCCCGCCUCGCCAAAGGCUGUAAACUAUAGGAGAGUCGAGGGCUCUAAGCUGCAUUUAACACUUUGUCUGUCCGCAGAGCAGAGCCAAGUCGGCUGCAGAGAGCUGAGAUCCACAAAGUACAUCUCAGACGGCCACUGCACCAGCAUCAACCCCAUCAAGGAGCUGGUCUGCGCAGGCGAGUGUCUGCCCGCCCAGAUGUUUGAGAACUGGAUCGGCGGAGCUCGCGGUAGGAGGUCGCGUCGGAGUGGAAACCACGACUGGCGCUGCGUCAACGACAAGACCCGCACCCAACGCAUUCAGCUGCAGUGCCAGGACGGCACCAGCAGAACCUACAAAAUCACCGUGGUUACCUCCUGCAGGUGCAAGAGGUACUCGCGGCAGCACAACGAGUCGGGCGGCAAGUUUGAGGAGCCCGCCGCGGGACCGCCAAAGCUUCUGCACAAACACAAGUCCAAGAGCAAAAGAAGGCUGGGCAAGAGCCGGACGAGUGAGAACUGGCACGACACGGAACCAUGAGGGGGGGCUCCAAACCCUCUGAAGGGAAGUCUCUGGGGCGUCCAGAGUUUGCUGUUGUGGAUUAUCUCUGAUACAUACUCACGCCGUCACCCAGACUCUGAACGAGAAGUCUUUCUGACAAUCGAAUCCAUGUUGUAAAGCAAUGUGAAAAAUGGUUUACAGACUGAAGCUCUGUGGAGGUGCUUGGUCCCGUCUGCGCAGUUCCAUCUGCGCAGUCCCAUCUGCGUGGUCCCGUCUGUGUGGUCCCAUCUGCCCGGUCCCAUCUGCGUGAUCCUGUCUGCAUGGUUCCAUAUACAUGGUCCCAUCUGCGUAGUGCAGUCUCCACGGUCCCAUCUACAAAGUCCCGUCUGCGCAGUCCCGUAUGCAUGGUCCCAUCUGUGUGGUCCCAUCUGCAUGGUUCCAUUUAUGUGGUCCCGUCUUAGCAAUCCCAUCUGCACAGUCCCAUUUGCGCAGUCCCAUCUCACAGUCCCGUCUGCGCAGUCCCGUCUGCAUGGUUCCAUUUAUGUGGUCCCGUCUGUGCAAUCCCAUCUGCACAGUCCCAUCUCACAGUCCCGUCUGCGCAGUCCCAUCUGCAUGGUUCCAUAUACGUGGUCCCGUCUGCAUGGUUCCAUUUGCGUGGUCCCAUCUGUGCAGUCCCAUCUGCAGGACUUUUUCGUAAAUGCAUUCUGCGUGGUGACAGAGAUCUGCAGCCAACCAGAACCUGCAACACCCCAAACCAAUCCUGUGUAAAUACCUGUACAGAUAUUAAAUGCUGAAGACGGAUCAUGUGGAUAAGAUUUACUUUUGUAAGAUUUAUAGUGUAUGAUGUAAUAUAUUUUCACAAGAAACACGUCGGAUAUUUAGAUCCAGUUCAUUUAUCAUUCCUGUAACAACUUUAUAUGAAAUAAAUACAACUUUUUAUUGCAUAG